UUCAGUGUUGCCUACAUUUGUCUAAGGACAACAGAAAAUGGGCAAAUCCCAGGUUGAACAGAAAUUCCAGGGAUCAGUAUCAUUUAAGGAUGUGACUGUGGGCUUUACCCAGGAGGAGUGGCAGCACCUGGACUCAACUCAGCGGACCCUGUAUAGAGAUGUGAUGCUGGAGAACUAUAGCAACCUCGUUUCAGUGGAGUAUUGUAUUACCAAGCCAGAGGUGAUAUUCAGACUGGAACAAGGAGAGGAACCAUGGAUACUGGAGGAAGAAUUCCCAAGUCAAAACUUUCCAGAAGUCUGGAAAACUAAUCACAUGAAAGAGAGAAGACAAGAAAAUCAGCCUAAACAUAUGUGGGAGGUUGUAUACUUCAAUAAGAAAAUGCUGAAUAAAGAACAAGGUAAUGUGAUAGGAACACCAUUUAACUUGGACACAAAUUUUUUUCCCUCCAGAAAAAUAGUCUCUCACUGUGACUCAUGUGGAGUGAAUUUGAACUAUAUUUCAGAAUUGGUUAUCAAUAAGAAAAAUAAUUUAGGAAAAAAGACUGGUGCAUUUAAUGAUUGUGAAAAUAUGCUACUGCAUAUUAAGCAUGAGAAGAUUCAUACUAGAAAGAGAAGUGAAAUUUUUACAAAUGGGAAAAUUUUCAUUCAUAAUGAGGACCCUAUUCAGCAUGAGAAGAUUCAAACUUUAGAAUAUAACAUAUAUCGAGAAAGCUUCUUUGAAAAAGCAAUAUUCAAUACACACAAGAGAGAGAUCACAGAAGGAAAUGACUGUGAAUUCAGUGAAUAUGGGAGAAUUUUCUGUGAUAACUCCUCCUACUCGUUCCAUCAGAUUCCCUCAAAGGAAAAUCACUGUGAAUUUAGUGAUGGUGGGAAAUCCUGUGUUAAAUCUACCCUUUUGAAACAUCAUGGGGCACAUGUGAAACAGUAUGAAUGUAAUGAAAGUGGGAAUAAUUUUAGGAGGAAGUUACACCUCUCACAACUUCAGAAAACUCAAAAAGGAGAGAAACAUUUUGAAUGUAAGGAAUGUGGGAAAGCCUUUUGGGAGAAGUCACAUCUCACUCGACAUCAGAGAAUACACACAGGAGAGAAACGCUUUCAGUGUAAUGAAUGUGAAAAAACUUUCUGGGAAAAGUCAAACCUCGUUAAACAUCAGAGAUCACAUACAGGGGAGAAACCCUAUGAAUGCAAUGAAUGUGGAAAAGCCUUUAGCCACAGAUCGGCUCUCACAUUACACCAGAGAACACAUACAGGGGAGAAACCUUAUCAAUGUAAUGCAUGUGGAAAAACUUUUUACCAAAAAUCAGACCUCACUAAACAUCAGAGAACACACACAGGGUUGAAACCCUAUGAAUGUUAUGAGUGUGGGAAAUCCUUCUGUAUGAAUUCACACCUUAUAGUACAUCAGAGAACUCAUACAGGUGAAAAACCCUUUGAAUGUGUCGACUGUGGGAAAUCUUUUUGUCAGAAGUCACAUCUUACGCAGCAUCAGAGAACUCACGUAGGGGAUAAACCCUAUGAAUGUAAUGCAUGUGGAAAAAGUUUCUACCACAAGUCAGUACUCACCAGGCAUCAGAUAAUUCACACAGGGCUGAAACCUUAUGAAUGUUAUGAAUGUGGGAAAACCUUCUGCUUGAAGUCUGACCUCACAGUACAUCAGAGAACUCACACAGGGGAGAAGCCCUUUGCGUGUCCUGAAUGUGGGAAAUUCUUCAGCCAUAAAUCCACACUCUCUCAACAUUAUAGAACACACACAGGGGAAAAACCUUAUGAAUGUCAUGAAUGUGGGAAAAUCUUCUAUAAUAAAUCAUAUUUAACCAAACAUAAUAGGACACAUACAGGGGAGAAACCCUAUGAAUGCAAUGAAUGUGGAAAAACCUUCUGCCAGAAGUCACAGCUCACUCAACACCAGAGAAUUCACAUAGGUGAGAAACCCUAUGAAUGUCAUGAAUGUGGAAAGGCAUUCUGCCACAAGUCAGCUCUCAUUGUACACCAGAGAACUCAUAUAGAAGAAAAGCCCUAUAAAUGUAAUGUUUGUGGAAAAUCUUUCUGUGUGAAAUCAGGACUUAUUUUACAUCACAGAAAACACACAGGGGAGAAACCCUAUGAAUGUAAUGAAUGUGGGAAAUCUUUCAGUCACAAGUCAUCCCUCACAGUGCAUCACAGGGCUCACACAGGAGAGAAAUCUUGUCAGUGUAAUGAAUGUGGGAAAAUUUUUUACCGUAAAUCAGACCUUGCUAAACAUCAGCGAUCACACACUGGGGAGAAGCCCUAUCAAUGUAAUACCUGUAGAAAAACUUUCUCUCAGAAGUCAAACCUCAUUGUGCAUCAGAAAACACAUACAGGGGGGAAAUCUUAUGAUUAACAUGAACAGUAGAAAUAUUGAGCAGCAAUUCAGCAUCCAUU